AUGACAGGCAGGAGGAAGGACCCGAUUUGGCAACAUUUUAUACAAGUUGCAGCAAAAGCUGGAUCAAAAUCGAGUUUUAGGGCACAGUGUAAAAAUUGCAAAACUGAAAUAGUGCCCUUAGUGGUUCGAAUGAAAAAACAUAUAAAUAUAUGCAGAAAGUCUAUUCCUCAGGUUUCUGAUACAUCCGAAACGGACUCAGAAGACAUUUCUGAAAAAGGUUAUCAGCCACCAAAUAGACACAAGAUUGGCAACGAACUUCUCUGCAGCGUGUAUGAUUCACUAUAUACAGUAAUGAAAAAAGAAUUGGCAAAUAAAACUGUAUGCAUGUCUAUCGAGGGAUGGAGUAAUAUAAGGAAUGACUCCAUAGUAUGUGUUUCUGUAACUGAUAUUCAGGAGAAAAAUGGAAACGUAUAUCUCAUUGAUACCAUUGAUACAGAAGACAAAAGCCAUACCUCUGAAUAUUUACUCUCCUUACUAGUAGAGUCAAUAAAGCGCUGCCGUACGUAUAAUUGCACUGCUCAGAGCGUUGUUACUGACAAUGCUGCGAACAUGACUAAAAUGCGUGGAGAACUAGCAAAAUCCGAAGAAGUUGGCCUGCCAGAUAUACUUACAUAUGGAUGUUCAGCACAUAUUUUGAACCUGUUGGCUCAGGAUAUUUAG